GUCCACGCCUGGGAGAUCUCUGACCAGCUGCUGCAGAUCCACCAGGAUGUGGAAUCCUGCUACUUCGCAGCACAGACCAUGAAGAUGAAGAUCCAAACUUCCUUCUACGAGCUCCCCACGGAUUCCCACGCUUCCCUGCGGGACUCGCUGCUGUCCCACAUCCAGAACUUGAAAGACCUGUCACCGGUCAUCGUAACCCAGCUUGCUUUAGCUAUAGCAGAUCUUGCCCUGCAGAUGGCUUCCUGGAAAGGCUGCGUACAAACACUGGUGGAAAAGUACAGCACUGACGUGACAUCGCUCCCCUUCCUGCUGGAGAUCCUCACGGUGCUGCCCGAGGAGGUGCACAGCCGGUCCCUGCGCAUCGGAGCCAACCGCCGCACCGAGAUCAUAGAGGACCUGGCCUAUUACUCCAGCACGGUCAUCUCUCUGCUGAUGACGUGUGUGGAGAAAGCAGGCAACGAUGAGAAGAUGCUCAUCAAGAUCUUCAGGUGCUUGGGGAGCUGGUUCAACCUGGGGGUCCUGGACAGCACUUUCAUGGCAAACAGCAAGUUGCUGUCACUCCUCUUCGAGGUGCUGCAACAAGACAAGACAUCAUCAAACCUCCACGAAGCUGCUUCGGACUGUGUGUGCUCGGCCCUCUACGCCAUCGAGAACGUGGAGACCAACCUGCCCCUGGCCCUGCAGCUCUUCCAGGGGGUCCUCACUCUGGAGAGUGCCUAUCACAUGGCUGUGGCACGGGAGGACCUGGACAAGGUGCUCAACUACUGCCGUGUGUUCACCGAGCUCUGCGAGACCUUCCUCGAUAAGAUAGUGUGUACCCCAGGCCAGGGGCUGGGAGACCUGAGGACCCUGGAGCUGCUGCUCAUCUGUGCAGGUCACCCUCAGUACGAGGUGGUAGAAAUCUCCUUCAACUUCUGGUACAGACUUGGGGAGCACCUCUACAAGACGGACGAUGCCGUCAUCCACAGCAUCUUCAAAGCCUACAUCCAGCGCCUUCUCCAUGCCCUGGCCAGACACUGCCAGCUCGACUCAGACCACGAGGGUGUCCCAGAGGAGACAGAUGACUUUGGGGAGUUCCGGAUGCGGGUCUCGGACCUGGUCAAAGACCUCAUCUUCUUGGUGGGCUCAGUGGAGUGUUUUGCUCAGCUUUAUGCCACGCUGAAGGAUGGGAAUCCCCCCUGGGAGGUGACAGAAGCUGUCCUCUUCAUCAUGGCCUCCAUAGCCAAGAGUGUUGACCAGGAGAACAACCCAACCCUGGUGGAGGUGCUGGAGGGGGUGGUCCGGCUCCCCGAGACGGUGCACACGGCCGUGCGCUACACCAGCAUCGAGCUGGUGGGCGAGAUGAGCGAGGUGGUGGACAGGAACCCGCAGUUCCUGGAUCCCGUGCUGGGGUACCUGAUGAAGGGGCUGUGUGACAGGAGGUUGGCUUCGGCGGCGGCCAAGGCCAUCCACAACAUCUGCUCCGUGUGCCGGGACCACAUGGCCCAGCACUUCAACGGGCUGCUGGAGAUCGCCCGCUCCCUCGACUCCUUCACGCUCUCCCCCGAGGCUGCUGUGGGGCUGCUCAAGGGGACAGCCUUGGUCCUGGCCAGGCUCCCCUUGGAGAAGAUAGCAGAGUGCCUCAGUGAACUCUGUGCCGUACAAGUGAUGGCGCUCAAGAAGCUGCUCUCUCAGGAGCCAAGCAAUGGCCUCUCCUCAGACCCCACUGUGCCCCUGGAUCGACUUGCUGUCAUAUUUAGACACACCAACCCCAUUGUAGAAAAUGGACAGAUCCAUCCGUGCCAAAAAGUCAUUCAGGAAAUCUGGCCCGUGCUGUCGGAGACCCUGAACAAG